AUGGAUAGAAUUAAACUAAUUAAUCAAAGGCGAACAACGCUCAAGAUUCAGGUUACGCAGCUUGUCAACUGCGUCGCGUCGAACGAAUACGAUUUAUUUACUCUUAAAAGGCGACUGAAUCGGGUUACCCAAAUAUUAACCGAAUACGAGGAGUUGCACGACGAACUCACGAUUAUUGAUCCCGAUAACGACCGGCUAGAUGAACUCUUAGAGAUUCAAAACAGAUAUUACGUAUGCGCGGGAAAAAUUGAAGGAUUGGAAGUCGCCAGUACGUCGGCAGCGCGAGCUAACGAUACGGUCGGUAAUGUUACGGGAUUAAACACGACUCAAAUAGAAGGGCGGCGUGUGAUGAAACUGCCGGUAGCAGAAUUGCCGAAAUUUCACGGAGAUACAGACGACUGGCUCUCUUAUAAAAACACGUUUAUGACCAUGAUCGACGCGCGUACGGAUCUUGCCGAUUUAGAGAAAUUUUUAUACUUAAAGGCGUCUCUCAAGGGCGAAGCGUUAACCAAAAUUUCGCUCUUUAGUACGAGCGAGGAAAAUUAUAAAAACGCGUGGCAGAUGUUAGUCGAUACAUACGAAAAGCGACGUACACUGGUCACAAAAUACAUGUAUGCGAUUCUAGAUACAAAGGUUUUGACCAAGGCGACACCGAACGGGCUCUCGAAAUUAAUUGACGACGUACGUCAACAUUUGCUUAUGUUAAAAUUAUUAGACGUGACUCCCGAUAAUACGGUAAUCAUCAGUAUAUUAGAAAGAGCGUUGCCCCACGACGUCCGGGAAAAAUGGGAGGAAUCGCUGAGUUUAGAUGUUCUUCCCACUAAAACCCAACUCGGAUGGGUAGUAGUUGGCGGGGCGAUAGAUAACGCGGAUAAUCGAGUCGUUGCUUGUACUUUAUCCGAAUUGAAAACGCAGAUCGCAAAAUUCUGGCUUAUUGAAGACAUUGACCGGGAAACCUCGAUAUUAUCGGAAGAGACAUUGUGCGAAACACAUUACCGCGAAAACACGACACGCGAAGCGUCCGGACGAUAUGUCGUACGAUUACCUUUUCGCGCCGGCGAUAAAAACUUUGGCGACUCACGACGAAACGCGUUGCGUCGAUUUAACGCGCUUCAAAGAAAAUUAAAAUCAAAUGUCGCGCUCAAAACGGAAUACGACAAAGUGAUGCAAGAGUAUAUCACUCUUGGCCACAUGUCUUUGGCCGACGACGAAUCAAUGACCGGUUAUUAUAUGCCUCACCACGCCGUAAUAAAGACAACGAGCGCAACCACGAAGGUUCGCGUUGUUUUCGAUGCGUCAGCCAAGACUGAUAAGAAUUUAUCAUUGAACGAUAGGCUCAUGAUCGGUCCUACGAUACAGGACAAGCUUUUCGAACACUUGCUGAGAUUUCGCACCCACACGUACGUGCUCACUGCCGACAUCGAAAAGAUGUACCGGCAAAUCUUAAUUCAUCCUCAAGACCGGAAAUACCAGCGCAUAUUCUGGUAUCACAAUAAUCGCGUUAGAACAUUCGAGAUGAAUACGGUAACCUUCGGGGUUUCUUCCGCUCCGUAUCUCGCGAUUCGUACAAUACAACAGCUCGCGGACGACGAAAGCGCAGACUUUCCAUACGCGUCCAGAAUUCUAAAACGCGAUUUAUAUGUCGAUGACCUCCUAACAGGCGCGAAUUCACUGGAGGAAAUUCUAACGAUACGCGACGAAAUAAUCGAGCUUUUGAAGCGAGGCGGAUUCAACAUACGUCAAUGGGCCUCGAACCACAAUCACGCACUUGAUAAUAUUAACAAAAAGAUCCUCGGAACGGAUUGCGUGAUCGAUAAUAGUACCGUGGUUAAAACUUUAGGCCUCGGAUGGAACGCGCAAGAAGAUAAACUCGUGUAUUCGGUAAAAUCACCCGAAGCUCCUGUUAAAUUAACAAAACGGAACAUUUUAUCAGAAAUCGCGAGAAUUUUCGACCCCCUCGGGCUUUUAGGACCGGUGAUUUUGGCCGCGAAGGUCUUUAUGCAAGAAUGCUGGAAGACAAAGCUGGAUUGGGACGAAUCGGUUCCCCAAGCUCUGCAUUCUAAUUGGACGUCCUUUUCGAGUCAACUUCAUCUUAUAAACAAUUUGUCGGUAGAACGAAAACUUAUCCUCGAAAACGCUGACAACAUACAAUUUCACGGGUUUUGCGACGCUAGCAAGGCCGGGUACGGUGCAUGCGUCUACGUACGUUCGUGUAAUCAGAAGGGUCAUACCCUCGUUCGUCUGUCCUGUGCGAAGUCGCGAGUCGCGCCGCUAAAGGAAAUGACCAUGCCGCGUCUUGAGCUGUGCGGUGCGUUGACGCUUGCCCGGCUGUACCGAGAAAUGCGUUCUACUAUAGAGUUUCCGAUUAAUCGCGUUGUUUUUUGGACCGAUUCCACAAUAGUCUUACAAUGGCUUAAAAAGUCCCCGACGGUGUUACGGCUUUUUGAGUCAAAUCGCGUCGCGGAAAUACAAUUAAUCAAGGAAGCCGAAUGGCGACACGUUAGAACAAGGGACAACCCGGCAGACGCACUGUCACGCGGUCAAUAUCCCGCGAUAUUUUGUCGAAACGCGUCGUGGUUCGAGAGACCCCAUUGGCUACGCGACAACGAGAACACCUGGCCGACAGGUUCGGAAAUCACCAUAAAGGAUCUUCCCGGGUUGAAGAAAACUACGUGUUUGGCCCUUAAAAUCAGUAAAUGCGAAUUUUUCGUUAAGUUUUCGUCGUACACGAAACUCAUCCGCGUAUUAGCAUACUGUCUUCGCAUGCUUCGAUCUAACGUUUGCAAGGGAGAAUUAUGCGCGCAGGAAAUAAUCAAUGCGGAGCGUACAGUCGUGCGAUUGAUUCAACAAGAGCAAUUUUUUGACGAGAUUCAGCGUAUUUCGUCAUCGGGGGGAGCCAAGGGCAGCCGACUUGCGUCCUUGAGUCCUUUCGUUGAUGAACACGGAUUACUCCGCGUCGGCGGGCGAUUACAAAAUGCUGAAAUCUCGUACGCGCAAAAACAUCCGAUUCUUUUGCCGUCAUAUCAUCAUGUAACCGAUUUAAUUAUUCGCGAGAUGCAUGAACGUACGUAUCACGCGGGUAUUCAGAGUACUUUGUACACUAUUCGUCAUCGUUUUUGGUUACUGGACGGCAAAAAUCAGGUUCGAAAAAUCGUACGACGCUGCGUUCGCUGCAUUCGUUUUAGGCCGUCUCCCAUGCAGAGAAAAAUGGGCAAUUUACCAAAACCACGCGUCGAAGAAGCGGCGGCCUUCACACACACGGGCGUAGAUUUUUUCGGUCCGUUGUUUAUUAAAGAGAAAAAAUACAGAAAUAGAAAUCGUGUAAAGGCUUACGGUUGUGUCUUCGUUUGCAUGACAGUAAAGGCGGUACACAUCGAAAUAGUGAGCGAUCUCACGACGGAGGGUUUUCUCGGUGCCUUCAGACGUUUCAUUGGGCGCCGGGCAAUACCUGCUCAUGUCUAUUCGGAUAACGGGACGAACUUUGUGGGUGCGAAUAACCAGCUCCGUGAAUUAUACGCCUUGUUCGAUUCCGAUAAAUUUAAAGAGAGCGUAAACGAAUUCGCGGUACAUAAAAAUAUAACGUGGCAUUUUAAUCCGCCAUUAUCACCGCAUUUCGGGGGCAUAUGGGAGGCAGCGGUCAAAUCAUUUAAACAUCAUUUUAAGCGUGUUGUAGGCGAACGCCUCUUUACAUUUGAGGAAGUAAAUACCCUCGCGAUAGAAAUUGAAGCAAUUUUGAAUUCGAGACCGCUGUGCCCUAUCUCGUCGGAUCCAAACGAUCCUAUUGCAUUGACUCCUGCUCACAUACUGGUUGGUCGACCUCUCACGAUGCUACCAGAAGAUAAUUAUCUUUCAGUUCCAGAAAAUCGAUUAUCAUCGUGGCGCCUCAUUGCAAAGGCACGCCAAGAUUUCUGGAAACGUUGGUAUACGGAGUACCUUAAUGAACUCCAAAAGCGCCAGAAGUGGCUCGAAGCCCGUGGUGAACUCAAGGUGGACUCAAUCGUCAUCCUAAUGGAUAAAAAUCAGCCAUGCAUGCAGUGGCGGCUGGGCAGAGUAAUGGAAAUACAUCCCGGUGGUGAUGGCGAAGUUCGAGUUGCAACAAUAAAGAGUGCAAAUGGCAUUUUUAAGAGGAACAUAACCUCAUUAUGUCCGUUACUUGAAGACGUUCAAGAACACGCGAAUUAA